AUGGAGUUUAGCAAGUUUUUUCUAGCAAUAUGCUUCAUAGGGUUCACCCUAAUUCACGCCUCCCUGGCACAAAAUUCCCACCGAGACUUUCUCAACGCCCACAAUGCUGCUCGUGCCGAAGUCGGUGUUGCUCCUCUAACAUGGAACCACACGCUGCAAGUCUAUGCCAGGAAUUAUGCUAACAAGAGAAGGGAUUGCAACUUGGAGCAUUCCAAUGGACCAUAUGGGGAAAACAUCGCUCAAGGAUGGGGUACCUUCACUGCACUUGAGGCUGUGAAGAUGUGGGUUGAUGAGAAACAAUACUACGACUGCAAGUCCGGUUCGUGUAAGGGUGGUGAGUGCCUGCACUACACCCAGGUUGUCUGGCGCGACACCAAGCGUAUUGGGUGUGCCAGGGUCAAGUGUAAUAAGGAUGGGGGGAUCUUUAUGACUUGCAACUACGAUCCUAUCGGUAAUUACGUUGGUGAACGCCCAUUUUAA